AUGCUCUCGCUCCGACCAGCUCUGGCGAGCGCAACUUUCGCUGCCGCCUCGCUGCGUUGCUCAACCGUCAGCCGUUCAACCUCGGUACUUAGAAGCUACUCGACAGCGACCGACCCAUCUCAACUUGUAACACUCUCCCAUCUCUCAGACAUUGCCAAGAGCGAGUUUGGUUCGACUUCGCCUUACGAUGAGCAUAUCUCAGUACUGACGCUCAACCGUGCUCCCGCCAAGAAUGCCAUUUCUCGCGUGCUGCUCGCUGAGAUGGACCAGCACGUCAGCUCGCUUCUCACCUCCAGCAACGUCCGCACACUCUUGAUACGAUCGUCGGUUCCAGGCACCUUCUGCGCUGGUGCAGACCUCAAAGAACGCAAAGGAAUGUCGAAGCCUGAAGUAGACGCUUUCCUGCUUGGCCUGCGCAAAGUGUUUACAAACGUCUCCAGAUUGCCCAUGCCUACCGUUGCUUGUCUGGAUGGCUUGGCCAUGGGUGGUGGUCUGGAACUGGCUCUUACGUGUGACUUGCGUAUUGCUGGUCCUGCUGCCACCAAGCUCGGUCUUACAGAGACUAAGCUGGGUAUCAUUCCUGGUGCUGGCGGUACGAGCAGGAUAACAAGGUUGGUGGGACCUGCGCGUGCCAAGGAGCUCAUCUUCAGUGCCAAGCUGGUCGAUGCUGUCGAGGCAAGUAGAAUUGGCUUUGUCGACAUUGUGGCUCAGGAAGGUGAAAGUACAGCUGCUUUCCAAAAGGGCGUACAGCUCGCUCGAUCGUUUGCUAAGAAUGGACCGUUGGCGGUACGAGCGGCCAAGCUUGCGAUCGACAAGGGUGAACAGAUGGAUCCUGAAACAGCACUUGACUUUGAGCGACAGUGCUAUGAGACAAUCCUCGGCACCAAGGACCGAUUGGAAGGACUCAAGGCGUUUGCGGAGAAGCGUGAGCCUGUCUAUCGCGGCGAGUAG